AUGACACAGAUGAGUAAAAGAGAGAAGGAUGAGACUAUCAAAUAUGUCACUUUGGGAUGUGCUCGUGGUGGCAAGGCACAGAAUCAGACGUCAAAUGUCUCUAAGCCUCGGCCAACAAGCAAGACAGACUGCAAGGCAAUGAUGAAUGUGUUGUUAAAGAAUGAGAAGUUAUGCAAUAGAGAAGUUAGUGAGUCCGUUAAGAGGGCUUUGGAUACAAAUGAUGAGGCUGGCAUAUGGAUGAAUAAGAGUUUCCAAGCUCUUAUAACUGAUGCGGGUGGGUUUGAGAACGUACCAUUUGGGGAAAAAGAUUGUCGUAACUACAUUGAUAAGGCACGUCACCUACGGUUGGGGAAAGGUGGUGCACAAGUGGUACUUGACUAUUUUCGAAGGAUGCAAUACAAGAAUGAUAGUUUUUACGGCAUAAUGGAUUUGGAUGAUGAUGAUAGAAUGAGGAAUAUGUUUUGGGCGGACGCCCGUAGUAGAGGGGCGUACAACUACUUUGGAGAUGUGGUAACAUUUGAUACCACGUAUCUAACAAAUAGAUAUGGAAUGUCAUUUGCACCUUUCGUGGGUGUAAAUCACCAUGGGCAGUCAAUCCUCUUGGGUGCAGGGCUUAUUUCAAGCGAGGAUACAGAAUCGUUUAUAUGGUUAUUUAAAACUUGGCUUGAUUGCAUAGAUGGAAAGGCGCCGACUACUAUUAUUACAGAUCAAGAUCGUGCAAUGAAAAAUGUUAUCGCCAUUGUGUUCCUUAAUACGCGCCAUAGAUAUUGCUUGUGGCACGUACUGCAUAAGGUCCCUGAGAAGCUUGGUGCUGAUUGUCAAUACAAAUGUGGCCUGGAAAGUAAGUUGUUAUCUUGUGUUUAUGACUCCCUUACUAUCGAGAAGUUUGAGUUGGGUUGGAACGUCCUUAUUACAAUGUACAACUUGCAAGAAAAUGGUUGGUGA